GUCUUGACCACAUCGUGUCUUGUUCCUGUUGUGUCAUCGUCGACAGGAGUAGGAGUCGCCCACAGUGAUCGCAGACAUGGCGAGAGGUAUAGAAGGGAACGAGAUCGCAACGCCACGGACAGCACCGAAGAAGCCAGGCAGUACGCAAUCAUCGAAGCCGAACCCGAAACAAAAGGGCAUUGCUUCCUUCUUCCAGAAGCGCCCCGAAGCACCACGCAGUGCUGUGACGCCGGCGAAGAAGGGUCUCGUAAGUAAGGACACGCCUCUCACGUCCAACAUUCCGAGAUCGAGCGCAGACAUCACGCCUGCGCCCAGCAGUAACACAGUCUCAAGCCCGCCUGCAGCACCCGGUCUUUCUCAGCAGAGCUCAGCGGGUGAUGCAUGCAACAAAGAGAACGAGGCCCCAGGCACAUCAUACUCGAGCCCUUCCCGUAAAGCGAAGAAGCAGGUCAACUAUGCAGAGUCUGACGAUGACGGCGACGAGGAGCCCCGGCCACUCCCUGGCAAAGGUCGGGCUUCCAAGCGGCGACGAAUCAGUGUUAAGGAUGAGUCGGAGGACGAAUAUGGCUUCGAUGCGGCGACCCAGGCUGCAAUGGAUAGUGCCGACGACGCCGGUAGCUUCGUCGUUGAUGACGAAGAGGAAGAUGUCAGACCUGUGGCGAGCCGCAAGCGCUCAAGAGGAUCCAACGGGCGUAAAAGCACGUCCAAGCCACCUUCGCCACCGGUUUUGGACGUCGACAUGCGUGAAGAGAGUGAAGAGAUACCCACUGUGUCCACAGCACAGCAGUGGACGUUUGACCCCGAUGCGCCACCUUCGAACCAGCCGCGCAAACUACCGCCAAAGAGGCCUCAACCGGACCCUAACAAGAAGCAGAAGGCUCAUACUACCGAUCCAUCCGAGCGUUAUACAUGGCUGGCUCAUAUCUUAGACGCAGAUCGACAUCCUCCCGACCACCCUGAUUACGAUCCAAGAACGUUAUAUAUUCCUCCACUAGCAUGGAACAAGUUCUCACCCUUCGAGAAGCAAUACUGGGAGAUCAAGCAGAAAUUCUGGAACACCAUCGUUUUCUUCAAAAAGGGCAAAUUCUACGAGCUAUACGAGAAUGACGCCACUAUUGGCCAUCAGCUGUUUGACCUGAAGCUCACCGAUCGUGUCAACAUGCGUAUGGUAGGCGUGCCUGAAGCAAGCCUUGACCACUGGGCGAACCAGUUUGUGGCAAAAGGUUACAAGAUCGCCCGAGUGGAUCAGCUGGAGACAGCACUUGGCAAGGACAUGCGUGAGCGUGACGAUGGCGGCAAGAAGAAGGAGGAGAAGGUCAUUCGGCGCGAACUAGCUUCGGUACUCACAUCUGGCACGCUCGUUGAUGGUGGCAUGCUGCAAGACGACAUGGCUACAUACUGCGCCGCGAUCAAAGAGGUUGAGCGAGAUGGCAGGCCAUGCUUUGGCAUCGCUUUCGUUGAUACUGCAACAGCACAGUUCCACUUAGCGGAUAUUGUCGACGAUGCCGAAAUGACUCGCUUCGAGACGUUCGUUGCCCAAACCAGGCCAGGCGAGCUGAUACUGGAGAAGAGUUGCAUCUCCACCAAAGCGCUGCGCAUAUUGAAGAACAACACGGCACCCACCACCAUCUGGAACCACCUGAAGCCGGACAAGGAGUUCUUGACCGCUGAAAAGGCACGGAUGACAAUCGACGGGGAGGCCUACUUUGACAAGUUCGUGGAGGACGGUAUCGAUACAUGGCCGGCUGCUCUCCGUCAGGCGAAGGACAAAGAUCUCACCUUUUCCGCUGUCGGCGCGCUUAUCUGGUAUCUCAGCACGCUAAAGAUCGAGCGUGAUCUUGUCACCUGUGGCAACUUCGCUUGGUAUGAUCCAAUACGGAAGGCUUCGAGCCUUGUGCUAGAUGGCCAAAGCUUGAUCAACCUCGAGAUCUUCGCCAACACUUUCGACGGCAGCACGGAGGGUACGCUUUUCAAUAUGCUCAAUCGCUGCAUCACGCCUUUUGGCAAGCGUACUUUGAGACAAUGGGUUUGCCAUCCGUUAGCAGACCCUCGGAGGAUCGAUCAGCGCCUUGACGCUGUCGAUGCUUUGAACGCUGACAGCACGGUAAUGGAUCGCUUUACUGCUUCGCUCUCUCGGCUGCCAGACCUGGAGCGCCUCAUUUCCCGCGUUCAUGCCGGUAGAUGCAGGCCGCAAGACUUCGUUAAAGUGCUGGAAGGUUUUGAGCAGAUCGAGUACACCAUGUCACUGCUUGGCUCUUUCGGCUCGGGUGAAGGUAUGCUCGGCCAGCUCAUCACCUCCAUGCCAAAUCUGGCAGGUGCUUUGCAUGACUGGAAAGACGCUUUCGACCGACCGAAAGCCAAAGACGAUGGCAUCUUCAUACCUCAGCCAGGUGUAGAAGCAGAGUUCGACGAGAGCCAGGAGCGCAUCGACAAUAUUGAAAAAGACCUGCAGAAGCUGCUUAACAAGGCCCGCAAAGAUCUUGGGUCCAGCGCGAUCAAGUUUACGGACAACGGCAAGGAGAUCUACCAGCUCGAAGUACCCAUCAAAGUCAAAGGUACGAUUCCGUCGAACUGGAAGCAGAUGUCUUCCACCAAAGCAGUCAAGCGAUGGUACUCGCCGGAGCUCGAGCGGCUGGUGCGGGAUCUCAAGGAGGCACAGGAGACGCAUGCACAGGUCGUUAAAGCGCUGAACGGUCGUUUCUACGCCCGCUUCGACGAAGACUAUUCCAUUUGGCUGGCUGCGGUGAAAAUCAUUGCUCAACUCGACUGCUUGAUCUCGCUCGCUAAGGCGUCCAGUUCGCUUGGUGCGCCCUCCUGCCGACCGGAGUUUGUCGACGACGAUAGUGCGCGCAGCGUGUUAGACUUCACAGAGCUGCGCCAUCCGUGCAUCGAGACGACAACGAACUUCAUCCCGAAUGACAUCUUGCUUGGCGGUGAUGAACCGUCAAUAACACUGCUCACUGGUGCCAACGCGGCUGGCAAGUCUACGGUCCUCCGCAUGACCUGUGUUGCAGUCAUACUGGCCCAGAUAGGCUGUUACGUGCCCUGCAACUCAGCGCGUAUGACACCCGUCGACCGCAUCAUGUCUCGUCUAGGGGCGCAAGACAACAUCUUUGCCGGUCAAAGUACCUUCAUGGUGGAGCUAUCAGAGACGAAGAAGAUCCUCUCGGAAGCCACACCUCGCUCUCUCGUCAUUCUGGACGAACUCGGCCGUGGCACAAGCAGCUACGAUGGCGUUGCCGUUGCUCAAGCGGUCCUGCACCAUGUCGCCACGCAUGUCGGCGCACUCGGCUACUUCGCGACACACUAUCACUCACUCGCUGCAGAGUUCGCGCCGCAUCCGGAAAUCGCACCUAAGCGCAUGGCCGUCCGCGUCGAACACGACAUUCGCGAUGUGACGUUUCUUUACAAGCUCGAGAAUGGCAUUGCGGAAGGCAGCUACGGCAUGCAUUGCGCCGCCAUGUGCGGCAUACCGAACCGUGUGAUCUCCCGUGCUGAGGAGGCUGCACAAGCAUGGGAGCAUACUGGACGUAUCGCAGAGAGCGUGGAGAAGGCCAAGAAGAGCGACUGGCUUCCGCUGGGCUUGCUAAGUGAUGUAAGCUGGCUGCUCAAGGAGCGCAGCGAAGAUGGGUGUAACGGGUCUGCCUGGACUGACCGCAGCCUCGAUGUACUGAGGAAGGCUAUAGCGGCAUUGUGACCGCAGCAAACUGUGCGGAAGGGGCAGAAUCUGGCUCACUACGGCGUGACCUUGCUUUCGAGCUUUAUACCCUAGCUGAUCUAUAGAUUCCUAAUACCAUGCAAGACUUCUCGAGCGCCUCGUCACAGUGUCUGAUGACGUUACGACGGAGCGUCAGUCGCAUAAUGCAGUGGGCCACCAAUUGAGCGGUGCACCGGGGAACAGCUCUACUACCUUCUCUCACGGUUACCGGUGCUGCAGUCGCAGUCUCAAGCGGUACUGCCAUAGUGGUGCAGCUAGUCUUCAUCCUCAGCCUUCACCUCACCAUCAC